AUGUUCUAUAAAACAUUAAUAUUGUUUAUUUUGAUCCGUUUCAGAUUUAUUUGGCGUUUUAAUCAAUCUAUAUGUGGUGGAAAGCAGGCUUCGCCCGGAUACUGUCCUGAAGUAUUCGACAAGGAACUCUGCUGGCCUGAAACUCCUGCUGGAACAGUUGCUAACCAAUCAUGUCCACUUUCCAUUGGCUAUGAUCCUACGAGAAUGGCGUACAGAGAGUGUUGGCCAAACGCAACAUGGUUUACCUUAAAAGACAAUAAAACCUGGUCAAAUUACACAAAAUGUAUCGAUAUGGAUUAUUUAGAGUUUAUGCUAUUUAUCAACGAUUGCUAUGUGAUUGGAUAUUCGAUUUCCUUGGCCGCCCUUGCAAUAUCCUUAUGGAUAUUUCUUACGUUUAGGUCGCUGAGAUGUACCAGGAUACGAAUACACACCCAGCUGUUCGUCUCGUUUGCUCUAAAUAACAUCGUGUGGAUUAUGCAUUACGAGCUGGUUAUACCAAACCCCAUUUUGACCAUUGAAAAUCCGGUAUGGUGUCAGAUACUUCACGUCAUCAUACAGUACUUUAUGCUUGCAAAUUACAUGUGGAUGUUUUGCGAAGGACUUCAUCUUCAUUUGGCUUUGGUUGUGGUUUUUGUUAGAGAAGAAGUAAUCAUGAGAUGGUUUUUUGGGAUCGGAUGGGGACUGCCCGCUGUAAUUGUGGCGAUGUACAGCAUAUUAAGAAUAUUUGUCUCACAUGACACAAUGAUAUGUUGGUUGGAGGACAGUUAUGAGAGCAAGUUAAUUCUUACAAUUCCUGUGUUAAUAUCACUUUUAUCUUCACUAUUUUUUUUAAUAAACGUCUUGCGAGUUAUAUUGACGAUAAUGCAUCCAAACUCUCCAAAUCCUGCUCCUGUAGGGAUAAAAAAAGCAGCCAGAGCAGCACUUAUCCUUAUUCCUUUAUUUGGACUUCAGUUUAUAUUAAUACCGUUUAGACCUGAAUACAAGGACCCCUAUGAAAAACUGUAUCUCUAUAUAUCAGUCAUCAUUAUACCAUAUCAAGGCCUGUGCGUUUCGUGCUUGUUUUGUUUCGCCAAUCAGGACGUCCAUCACGAGAUCAAGUCCUUCUUUCACCGGAAAUUGCUCCGAAACAGGUGGAACAACUGGACGCAGGACAGUGGAGGCGUAUACGUAGUAAACGGCCUUAGCCAAAGUAACCAUAUGGCAUUACUUUCAUUAAAAAGAAAGUCAACCACUACUGUUAGGCUUUAA